AUGGAGCUUAAGACAUUGUGCUUGGAAUCUGCUUCUCUUCGAGUCUUCAAUCUUCUCUACAUCCCUGGACGACUAUGCAUCGAAAUUUCUGGAAGCUGCAAUGGUCUUGUUUGUGUCUACCGUGAUAGGGAAGUCUACAGUAAGAGGGAGGCACCCAUAUACGUAGUUAACCCGACCACGAGAUGGUUUCGACAACUUCCUCAAGCUAGGUUUCAGAUAUUAAUGCAUAAGGCAACAUACACUCGGGAAACUUUUACAGACAUUAAUCCAGUCCCUCGACUAGCGUUCGCAAAGGCCACAUUGUGUGAUUAUAAAUUGGUGUGGUUAUACAAUUCUGAUAAAUACAAUUCUGACGCCAUGAGUUUAAACGAUGGAUUUACCAAGUGCGAGGUUUUCGAUUUUAGGGCAAACGCUUGGAGAUACUUGACUUGCACUCCAAGGUACCGAAUAUUUAACGACCAAACCCCAGCAUCCGCAAACGGAUUAGUUUAUUGGCUCACGGAACGAUACAAUGGUGAAACCAAAGUUAUAGUUUUUGAUCUUCAAACUGAAACUUUUCGAUUGCUACCUAAGAAUCCAGCUGCUAGUUCACAUCCAGACCAUAUCGACCUGUGCAUUUUGGAUAAUAGACUCUGUAUGUCGAAGAGAAAGCGCGGUACAAUGAUCCAAAAGAUUUGGAGCUUGCAAGUAUCAUUAGAGGAGACAAGGACAAAGAUUUAUACUAUAGAUCUUCGAUCUUGUUUAUCAUGGUCUCAAUCUGGAUUAAUUGCUUUUAGUUGGACCCGCAUGGAUGUGAUUCGACCAUGCACACCGGUUGCGAUAUUGAAGAACAAGGAGAUCCUACUCAAUCAUCGUUAUGGUGAUGGUCUGGUGAAGUAUGAUCCACAAACAAAAUUUUACUCUUCAAUUUACAAUCAUCUUUCUUGUAGUAGAGUUGUUCCUUAUUUCCAGACUUUAAUAUCUCAUAUCUAAAA